AUAGCGGAAAUCGAACCCUCUACCUCUGUUCUUCAAACGUAUGAAGAAAUGACAAUAACCUCUCGACUAUGGGGGUUAAGUUGGAUGUCGCUUCAAUUUUGCACUCGCAUGUGAUUUUGUUCAGGGCACGGAUCACCUCAUUGAUACUGCGUGACGUAAUAUUUAUGCGAGCUAACUUCAAAAAUUGAUUAGCUAAGUUUUUAAACAUCUCAACUCCACGAAUUUCGGGAGGUGUUUGAAAAUCCCAUUUAAUUUCACUGUGUCGUUUCGAAAUAUUCUGGUGCUUGUGUGUUUUUAAAUAUAUGACUGAGAUAUCUCUGAAAAUGCCCUCAAAUUUAGAUAAAUAUUCUGGAAUAUCGCGCUUGUCGGAUGCUGAUGACUACGUGGAUUUCAUUCAUGAUUAUUUUGGCACCAUGAAAUCUAGCCACCAUUUCAGGGACCAGCUGACCGUGAUCACUGGCUGGUUCGAUCAGUGGAACAGUUGUGAGCAGACUGUGGCCCUCUAUUCUCUCAUCCAAAAAAUUGGUCCAAUUCACGCUCGCUUCCUCGCCCUCGUAUUAGAACAGAAUAUCGCUGAAUGUAUGGAACUCCAACUACAGGAACAGGAAGCUAACGAUCCAGGUUACAUCAACAGCCUAAGCAGCGAAAGUAAAGAAACAGCCGUUCAUCAGUUACUCUCACACUUACCAUUACUUCAACCUGGAAACGACGAUGCCAAAACACAGUACCUUGGACUCAUUCCUAAAAUCUUGGCUCAUUCGAUUCGUCACAGUGUUCAUAUUGAAGAGAGCCGUCAACUUCUUUCCUAUUCUCUUAUUCAUCCGGCCAUAAACAACGAAGACCGCUGUACUUUGACGCAGUGGCUGAGACAGCUCGAGGACAGGAUACACAAUUGUCCCCCUCCGGUAUCUCCUUACAUCGGCAGUAAUGGACCUUUGCCACCCACGCCUCCCACUACAGAGAGUUUUGGGGGUUGCCAAUUUAAUACGGUUGUACCGCGUUUGGACUUGUGGAGGCCUGGCACACUGGUGGGCAUGGCUUCUCCUCCUGUUGAAAUGAACUCUUUUCCUGUUCUUAAUAAUCUAGGAAGUAACAGUUUACCUCCAGGCAUAGGAAGUCAGCAUAUGGCUCUACAUAGCAUGAAUUCUGCGCCUGCUGGUGGUAUGUCUUCUCAUCCAGAUGGUACACAAACGCUUCCUAUGCCACAUUCGCGCAUCAAACGAAGCACAAGCCUCACCCCUCCUAUACCUCAUAAUGGUCUCUCCAUAUCUUCUAGUGUUCUGGAACAUCAGAAUUUUGAUGUAGAUCAUGCUCCAUUAUCUCCACAAAGCAGCGUCACAUCCUCUGGUAGUGGCAGUGAAAGUCAAAAAGAUGACAACAAAGAUGUCUUUAAUCAGGAUGGUACUGGAAUGAAAGAUGUUCCUUGCUGGCUUAAGGGACUAAGAUUACACAAGUAUUCCUAUAUUUUUAAAAAUAUGACUUAUGAGGAAAUGAUGUCGAUAUCAGAAGAAAAACUUGAAAAAAUGAGUAUCACUAAAGGAGCUAGACAUAAAAUUGUGCUAAGUAUUCACAAGCUAAAAGAAAGACAGUCAAACCUAAGAAGUUUAGAAAAGGAUCUUGAAGAAGGUGAAGGUACAAUACGGUGUGCUCUGAACGAAGUUAAAGGCAUGCUGCAAACACCCAUCAAAGCUUUUCAGAGUAUGAGUUAUAACGGUGAUAUUAUCUGCUCUAAUGGAGGUGAAUCUGAAUCAUCAGGCUCCGAUCCACCGAGUGCUCCACCUAGUCCGCCCAUUUGUGAAGAAGGCCAGCAACAUAUUGCGGAAGGAGAUAUACCUGGUCAAAUAACACACCUUUUGGGGAAAGUUUGUGCAACUCUGUUGAUUUCGCCUAAUCAGGAUGAGAAUUUGAAUUUCUUUGUGAUGGUUGUUGACAAGUGCCUUAGCCAUGAGGCAUUUACUCCUGUACAGAAACGGAGAUUAUUUGCUUGGAAGCAACAGAUACAAAAAGCAUGUAAUCCCCUUCCUCCACGACGCUCUUUGGACAACAAGCACAGAAACAAGUGGAACAACUAUCAUAAUGGUGGACCUAAUGAAUCUGCAGAAUCUGUUGUGGGUGGUUCAGUCUCAUUAAGAAGGCGUGUGCCUGUUCAAUUUCAACAACCUCAACGCAUGCCACUUUCCAGGCAGAAUGGCCAAUACUCAUCCCAAAGGAGUGUACCUAUAUCUACUGCGGUCAUAAAAAGGCCUAGUCUACAAGAUCAUAUGAAGCCACAUGUUCAAAUACAACGGACAAAUUCUGCUCCAGUUCGACCAAACCCCUUGCCAAUGUCUAUGUUUGGUAAAAAUGUGGAUGGAGUGGAUGCAAAUGAUCCUGAAUUAAAUAUUAGGCUGGAAUCUCUGUGCCUCAGUGUGACCGAGCAUGCUCUUGGUGGUUUUGAUGGAGCUGUGCCUUUGUUUUAAAGAAAGGAUCUACUAAAUAUAUAUAUAUAUAUUUGCUGUGUGUGCCAAUGACUUCAGUUGCUUUGACUUCUGAAUGGAUGUGUAUAUUGUUAUAUGGUUGUUUUCAUCUGUAUUGUAAAGAAGAAAAAAAAAUAGACAUUUGUAUUUUUCUGAUUAUCGGAGAACCAUCCUCUGCUGGGAAUUUUUUAUUUUUACUUCCAAGACGACAGCUUGACUGGAUUGUAUAUUUUUUAAACGUCUUCCCUUCGCUUUAAAGUAUAUAACUUACCUGUUUAGGAAAAAGAAGCAAUUUAAAUUUUUAGUUUAAAAAGCAAAGUGGACCAAAACUUUGUUGUGCCUUAAACUCAAAAUGUAAUGCUGUGCAUAAAUAUUUCAUAUAUAGAUAUAUAUAUAUAUUUUCUUACAUUCUGGUUGUUUCAGUCUUUACGCCUAAUAUUACUGGCUGGCCGUUAUCUUAAAAUUGUGCUGUUAAGUUUACAAAUAUUUUGUUAAAUAUGCUUUAAGAUCUCCCCCCCCCCUUCUAUGAAUUGUGAGUUUGGAUUUCUUGCAUACCUUUGGUUUUAAUUUGCGAAAAACAGUUCAACAAUUAAUGUUUUGAUUUUUUAAAUUUUGAAAUAGGCAUAUAAUUAUUUGUUUCAAGGGUUGGAAAGAUGUUUGCAUACAUACUCCAUAGCGGCCAACUCUACUGGAUUUUAUAAGUUUCUCCUGGUUUAAUUAAAAUUCUCCAUUUUUUUGUACAUUUUAGAAAAUUCCCUAAAAUUAGGUAUGUUUCCUAAAAACACCUAAAAAAAUCUCUAUUGAAAUAGAAUUUCUUAUACAUGUUGGCAGCUAUGCAUUUUCCAAACUUUUGAUGGCAUUUCCAUGUAAAAUAUAGCCAUCGUGUUAGGCAAUUUUCUAUUCUUUUAAUUCUAUUUAUUUUUUUGUCUGAAAAAUUGCAAUUUAUUUAAAUCAAAGUUUUUUUAAUCAUACAUUUGAAUUUUGGAGAAAAUUGUUUUUAUUUUAUCUGUAUAUUAAUUUAUUUAUUCUGUCUCUUUGAGCCUAAAAAAUCAUGUUAACCUUGUAUUUAAUAAAUUCCAAUAUUUAUUCCUACCCUAAUUCCAUAAAAAAUUGUAUCUUAAGACUUAUAGAGAAAAACUAUCUCUUUUUAGAUGCAAAAAGUUCAGUUAGAAGAAUCCCGUAUUAAAUUAUUGAUUUUAAAAUACUUUUUAAGAUGUGUAUCGAGUGUUGAUUAACAUAUUAGUUUAGGAAUUAUUUCUUAUAUGGUUACAUUAAAGGCAAUUUCAAUAAAUUUUUUAAACUUUUUACUGUGCUUUUUUCCUUAGACUAAUACUAAAUUAAAAAUGAAUUUUUUUUUUUUUUUUUUUGCAAAUCCUUUUAUUUGAUUUGAAAUGUUUUUCUUGAGUUAAAAUCUAAGUAUGCAGCUGUGAAAUUUUUAAAAACCCACAAUAAUUAGUAAUAUUUUGUGAAAGAUAUUACUUUCUGUAUUAAAGAAAUUUAUGCAUAUCAUUAUAGAGGAAAUUAUUAGACAGCUUUUAAAAGUAUGUAAAUAAUGAGCAUACAUUUCAUUUAGAUGGAUGUGUACAUAAGUUUUUACAUAACUGAGAUUGAAUAAGUCUGACACAAUCAGUAUUCCUUUAGUUUUUAGACACCUUGUAUGCUUGAACGAUAAAUUAAAAGCAGUUGAAUUAAAUCCUUUUAAUACAUUUUUCAUUUCGGUUUUACUUUUUUGUAAGACUGUAUCAGUGGUAAUUGUUUAAUUUGUAAUAAAAAGGUUCUGUUAAUAUUUUUGAAGCCUUUUAUGGAAAUUCUAUUUUUGUUUUGAAAAUUUGGUAUGUACCAUUAUUUUUUAAAAUUCUGUUGACAAUUCAGAUGGCCAGGUAAAUUUUAUUUUUCAGUGGGUUCUCACUAAUAUUAAACUCCAGAUAAUAGAGCUUUUCAUUUUGAAAGUCAUUCAAAAUUUGGAUUGUUCUUAUGCUAUUUAAAAAAAUUUAAUGAAUUUCACUUAUAAAAAUAGUAUUUUCUGUAAAUUUUUUCAAAUUUAUUUUAGUAUUUUGUCAAACUAUGUUCAAGAUUUAGACUACAAAUUUAUAGUGAAAUUAUUUUUAGAAUAAAUUUGUGAUUGACUGCUAAACUGUUUUUUUUUUUUUUUUUUUUUUNUUUUUUUUUUUUUUUUUUUUUUUUUUUUUUUUUUUUUUCAUGAAUUAAAAUAGAUAAAAACUGAUCAAAAAAUGACUGCACCGUCAGAUUAGUAUUAACAAAAGUCAAUGAUUAUGUAUUUUUUUAAAUAAUAAAGUCUAUUAUUAUUGUAUCUAAAUCAGA